AUGGCCACUGCCCACCCAGUCGACGUUCCCAUAACUGAUCUAGAUGAGGAGGACGACGACAUCAUAAUCACAAAUCCUGAGCUUUAUGAUAAUGAUGCUGACAACAAUGACUUGAACUAUAAUAUAUUCAACGAUGACUACGAGUCUUCUAUCACUUUAGCUAAUCACAGUAACCAUAGCAGGACAGACUCUUACUCAAUGAAUCUAAAUCUAAUUCUCAACCAAUUUAACCGAAAUAAUAACAACAAGUUCUCAUUCCAUAGUUUUGUUAAAAGAUUUGGUUAUUUUUUUGGUUUAACUGCCUUCUUAUCUUUUCUAAUUAUAUCAUCAGUUAUUGUAUCAAAACUGAAGAAUAGCGAAAUAAAUAAUAAUUCCAGUGAUAUUGACGAUGCUUAUAAUAAUUUAUCGAAUGAAAAACCUUUACUUUUCAAUGGAACUGAUUUUUUUUAUCCAACUACAAUCUUAAUUUCUCUAGAUGGUUUUCAUCCUCAUUAUAUUUCUUCUCAAUUAACUCCAUUUAUGCACAGUUUUUUUGAAAAGUCUUAUGGUCCUCCAUACAUGAUACCUUCUUUUCCUUCUUCAACUUUCCCAAAUCACUGGACUUUAAUAACUGGUUUAUAUCCAGCAGAUCAUGGCAUAGUUGGAAAUACUUUUCAUGAUCCUAAUUUAGAUAUCAAAUUCCAUAAUACCAACAAAAAUUUAUCUUUGGAUCCCUUUUAUUGGGGUGGUGAGCCAAUUUGGACAACCGCCUAUAACCAAGGUGUUUCAACCGCUGUUCAUAUGUGGCCAGGUUCAGAAGUUCAAUUUGAGUCUGGUAACCCCAUGGAAGUAGAUCCUUAUAAUGGUACUGAGUUGUUGUCAACAAAAGUUGAUAGAUUAUUAAGUUGGUUAGAUAGAAAUAUUGCUACAAGACCAGAAUUAUUAUUAAAUUAUGUUCCUACUAUAGAUUCUCUAGGCCAUAAAUAUGGCAUAUCUGGUGAAAAUCUAGACAAGGGUUUAACUUAUGUUGAUAACUUUAUUGAAAGUAUUAUAAUUGGCUUAGAAGAAAGAAAUUUAACUAACAUCAUUAAUUUAGUUGUUGUUUCUGAUCAUGGAAUGGCAGAAGUUAAUAACGAUAGAGUAUUUUUAUUAGACGAUUUAAUCGAUUUAGAUAAAAUUGAAUUUAUUGAUGGUUGGCCAUUAAUAGGUUUAAGACCAUAUAAAAAACAUAAAAUUGAUAAAAUUUACAAAAAGUUAGUUAAGAAUCAUAAAAAGAAAUUAAACAAAAACCCUCAUAUAAAAAUCUAUAAAAAAGAAGAUAUGCCAGUUGAAUGGAAUUUUGGUACAAGAUUUGAUUCUAAAUUUUAUGACAGAAUUGCUCCAAUUUGGAUAGUGCCAGAUGUUGGUUAUAUCAUUGCCACAAAAAAAGAAAUGAAGGAGAAAAAUAAUGAUUAUAGACCAAAGGGAAUACAUGGAUAUAAUAACACGGAAGUUUUGAUGAGAGCUCUCUUUUUGUCUAGCGGUCCAUAUUUUCAAAACAUUUUAGAAUCAAAAGAUAAUGAGUUCCAUAAAGUAAAACCAUUUAAUAAUAUUGAAGUGUAUAAUAUCUUAUGUGAUUCAUUGAAUUUAGUUCCUGCAUCAAAUAAUGGUUCAAAACCUAUAAAUAUUUUUAAUAAAAAAACUGUUCUCUCAUCAGAUUGGAGAGAUCCAUUUGCAUACCCCGGAGUUGAUUAUAUGGUUGAUGUUAUUCCCGAAAACGCAACUUAUGACUUGUUAUUUAGAGAAGGAUUAGAGAAUCCAUAUUUGAAUUUGACAACUUUAAAGAGUGACGAUGAAGAUUUUGAUAAUGGAAAAGAUUUAAAGAUUAAUCCAUCAUCGUCACUAUACAUUGAAGAAGAAACAUUGACUGCUAUUGAGCCAGAUGUGACGCCAGGAUUAGAUUAUUUGGACAAAGACAGUAGCAAAUCCAUAAAUGAGAAAAACACUCAGACAUCUACUGACAAAGAAGCUGAAAAAUCAGGUGAAAAAUCAUUAUGGGACUAUAUCGAUGAUAUAGUCGAAGAUAUUGAAGAUACAGUAGAUGAUAUUUUGGAAGAAGUCACUGAUUAUUUACAUAACAAUGACAAGGGUAAGAACAAAGACAAAGACAAAGACAAAGACAAAGACAAAGAUGAAGAUGAUGAAGAUGAUGAUAAUGAUGAUGAUGAUGAUGAUGACAAUGAUGACAAUGAUGACAAUGAUGACGAUGAAGAAAAAGAAGAUGAUGAUAAAAAAGACAAACAGAAAAGCAAAAAUAAAGACAAAGGCGACGACAACGACAACGAUAAUGAUGAUGAUAAUGAUGAUGAUAAUGAUGAUGAUGAUGAUGAUGAUGAUGAUAAUAAUAAUAAUAAUAAUAAUAAUAAAACAUAA